GGGGGGUGCUGCCAUGCUCACAGUGCUGCUGGCUGGGAUGUGCCUGUGGACCUCCACCGCUCAUGCAGAUCAGUCAUCCGUGGAUUCAUCAGAGGGCCCUGACGACAGCACCGACCUUCUGUGUACAUGUGAGAACAACAAGGGGACGUGUACGAACGGCACCUGCAGGGGUGACUACUGCUUCUACACCAAGGUGCAUGGCAGAGAGGAGAAGGGCUGCUUCCAGAGGGACCACCACAAGGAACAGUGCUACACCAACUUCCUGGGACUGUACGUCCACUGCUGCUCCAAGAACCUCUGUAAUGUCAACAGCACCGCUCCUCCUGACCCAGCAGGUGAGCCUACAAGGGAGGAGAACGGUGUGAUUCUGCUGGUGGCUGUCCCCCUGCUGCUGCUGCUGAUCCUGUCUGUGGGUGUGUGUGGCCUGGUGUUGUGGCUCCGCUCCAGACCACAGCACCACAGAGUUGGCCACAACGAGGACCAUGACGUCACCAUGCUCAAGGUCCCCAGCGGGGCAGAUCCCACCUAUGGGGAUGUCUUUGAUGAGUUAUGUACCUCAGGCAGUGGGACUGGUCUGCCAUACCUGGUACAGAGGACCAUGGCUCAACAGAUCUCUCUGGUCGAGUGUAUCGGUAAGGGCAGGUAUGGAGAGGUGUGGAGAGGCACCUGGAUGGGAGAGAGUGUUGCAGUGAAGAUCUUCUCCUCCAGGGAUGAGCAGUCUUGGUUCAGGGAGACAGAGAUUUACAACACUGUACAGCUCAGACACGACAACAUCCUAGGCUUCAUAGCGUCUGACAUGACAUCUAAGAACUCCACUACUCAGCUGUGGCUGAUCACCCACUUCCACCAGCUGGGUAGUCUCUACGACUUCCUCCAGUACAGCAGCGUGGACCCAGAGGGUUGCCUAAGGAUGUGCCUGUCUGUAGCCUGUGGUCUGGUCCACCUUCACACAGAGAUACUCAGCUGCCAGGGCAAACCCGCCAUCGCCCACCGAGACCUGAAGAGUCGAAACAUCCUGGUCAAGAGGAAUGGACAGUGCUGCAUCGCUGACCUGGGCCUGUCUGUGAUGCAUUCCCAGACCAGUGACUACCUGGAUGUAGGGAACAACCCCAGAGUGGGCACCAAACGUUACAUGGCCCCGGAGGUCCUGGACGAGAGCAUCCGCAUGGACAUCUUUGAGUCAUACAAGCAGACAGACAUCUGGGCCCUGGGCCUAGUCCUCUGGGAGAUUUCCAGAAGGACCAUAGUAAACGGGAUAGUGGAAGAGUACCGUCCGCCAUUCUUUGACAUGGUGCCCUCUGACCCCAGCUUUGAGGAGAUGAAGAAGGUGGUGUGUGUGGACCAGCAAAGACCCAGUAUGCACAACAGGCUGCACUCCCACCCGAUCCUGUCUUCCAUUGCCAAGACAAUGAAGGAGUGUUGUUUCCAGAGCCCUCCAGCCCGCCUCACAGCUCUCCGUGUCAGGAAGAUCCUCUCCAAGUUGGACCAGAACCAUGACUACCCCACAGAGAAACUCAAAAUGGACCUGUAGGCCUCAACUCCAGAAUAAAAGCAGGAUGUCUAGACCUUAACAUAAGACUACAACCAGCACACCAACAAUAGGGUUUAUAGUCUUGUAUAGAGCCUAUCUAUAUCCUUUGCUACUACGUAAGACUCUCAGUGUCCCAUAUUUCUGGUGCAUCUUCCUAUAAGGCCCCCACCAACCUUCAGUAUACCGCCUGGAUCAUUUAAUCAGGAAUACAAUAGAAGGAUUUCAUGUAUUUGCUUUGGCAUAAUCAUCUGCCGAGAUCUGGAAUGGGACAAGCAUUACCAUAGACAAAUAAGGACUUGGACUUGGAUUUUUGAAGAGUUUACUGAAAGGACUUCCACAGAACAUGGACAUUGUCCUCUCCUAGGGGCCCACCGGAUUGAGAGAUCAUCAGAGUUUGGUCCUUGUUAUAGCCUUGUCCUGUGAUGCUUUGGGGAUGGAUGUCUCACCGUUGGAUCAGUGAGGCCUUGUGAUCAUACAGUAUGAUCAUUGCAAGCGGCCGUUAAUGUCUUGCUAGUGCCUUAUUUGUUUUGAUGCACUAUACAGAAUCUAUACAUAUUGAUUGAUUUUGUAUUUCCUGGAAGCCCUUUGAGCUGACCAUCAACAGUACCCUGGUAAUGCUCCCAUUACUGAAAUGUGUUACUCAUGAUCAUAGUAUAAGCCCAGAGCUAAUUAAUUAGUUGUAUCUAACAAUAUAAUAUUGUAUCUUUCACCAGCAUUGGAUUUACUGUAAAAGCUGCUCAAAGUAAAGCACCUACAGUUGAAGUCGGAAGUUUACAUACACUUAGGUUGGAGUCAUUAA